UUCUGUGAUAAAACCCCCUCAACAUUUCCACUCCUCUCCUUUGUUUCAGUCUAAACUUUCUCCUCUCUUUUUCUCUUCGCGCUGUGUUUUCUCUGCUGCUGCUGUAAACCAUGGGUCCUGGAUUGUUCUCUGAAAUUGGAAAGACAGCUAAAGAUCUGCUCACCAGGGAUUACAGUUAUGAUCAGAAAUUCACUGUUUCAACUCUGAGCGAUUCUGGAGUGGCUCUUUCGUCAACUGCAGUUAAGAAGGGAGGGCUCUCGACAGGUGAUGUUGCAGCUCAAUACAAGUACAAGAACACAAUCAUCGAUGUCAAAGUUGACACAGAAUCUAAUAUUUUGACAACCCUGACAUUCUUGGAGAUUAUGCCUGCAACAAAAGCAAUUGCUUCAUUUAAGCUGCCCAACUACAACUCUGGCAAGAUAGAGAUGCAAUACUUCCAUGAUCAUGCAACCGUCACAACAGCUGUUGGCUUGAACCAGUCCCCUACAGUUGAUGUCACAGCAACCGUGGGUUCCCCUACCUUCGCUUUUGGUGCAGAGGGUGGUUAUGAUACAAGUGCGGGUGCUUUGACAAAGUACAAUGCUGGCAUUAGUCUGACUAAUCCAGACUACAAAGCUUCAAUUAUUUUGUCUGAUAAGGGGGAUACUAUAACUGCCUCAUACGUGCACCAUCUAGAUGCGUUGAAGAGGACUUCAGGUGUGGCAGAGGUCUGCAGGAAGUUCUCCACUAAUGAAAACACAAUCACGGUAGGAGGUUCGUAUGCAGUUGAUCCCCUAACAUCUGUGAAGUACAGGCUCAACAACCAUGGGAAGCUUGCCGCUCUCAUGCAACACGAGCUCAAACUCAAGUCCUUCUUGACACUCUCUGGUGAGUUUGACACCAAGGCCUUGGAUAAGGCUCCCAGGUUCGGAUUGUCCCUUGCUCUCAAGCCUUGAGUGACCGUCUUCUGAAUAUUCAUUGUCUGGAAUUGAUCUUACGCUGCUGGAAUUCGUUGACCUUGUGUUUUGUUGGUGGUGUCGAAAAAAGCUGGAAAUAAAUGUGCUACAGAUGAAACUUUUUUCAUUUUUCUUAGGUUUCAGAUGCCUGUGGAUUUAAUUGUUUUGCUCGCAUGUUAGGCCUGAUACUGUACUGCUUUUUUAUUAUUUUUUAGCGAAAGCGUUUCGUAGAAGGCUUUUAUAACAAUUCAUUUUUUUUGUAUUAGAGGUUCUUAGCUCUGGCUUGCCUGAGAAAAUGCUAUAUGACCAUUUUGUGUCACUUAUAUCUUUGUUAUCCGGCACAUGGAACAUUUUAAGCUUCUUGCUGAAUUGCUGGAAAAAAGUUUUCUAAAUGCAGAAAAUAUUUCAUUUGUGAA